AUGGCUAGCCACCCCAAGUGGCAUUUGACCCAAAACCUCUUAAUCCUUCUACCUUACACUGCUGCACUAGUAGCAUUUUCUACUCUGACGCUCCCACUGCUUGCUUCAUCCCAAACUAUAGAUUUCAAGAGAACGUGCGUUGGUCUCGACAACUUACUACAGUUAUGUGUGGGUGCCAAGCCCCCACGAGGCAACAGCGUAUCCCUAGUAGCUAUCGCCGGUGCGACGAACGCUAGGGCGUUCAUCCAUAACAGUGAAGACAUCUCUGGGCCCCUUCCCACGGACUUCGGCUUCUCCAAGUUGAGUUACCUCGCCCUCGCCAACAACAAACUCACCGGGCCAAUUCCAACAUCAGUCGGGCACCUGCACGACACCCUCCUCGAGAUUGUACUCCUGAACAACCAGCUCUCCGGCUGCCUCCCUCGCGAGCUCGGCAUGCUGAACAAGGCAGCCGUGAUCGACGCCGGCAAGAACCAGCUCACGGGCCCAAUCCCUUCAUCAUUUUCCUGCCUUAGCAGAGUCGAGCAGCUCAACCUCGCCGGGAACCGCCUCUACGGACGUGUUCCUGACACUCUCUGCAGGCUUGCUGGGCAGGCUGGCCGCCUGGGCAACCUCACGCUGCGUGGCAACUACUUCACCUCAGUCGGGCCGGCAUGCACAGCGCUAAUCAAAGACCGCGUACUGGACGUGAACAACAACUGCAUUCCGGGCUUUGCAAACCAGAGGCGACCGGCGGAGUGCGUGGCGUUCCAGAGCCAGCCAAAGAAGUGCCCGGAGGUGAGCACUCAGGUGUCGUGCCCUGCCGCAGCUUCCACGAAUGCAGCGGCGCCGGUGGAGAGGAAGGCCAGAGACUACUACAGCUUCCUGACGUACGCUAGUCUGCAUGAGUGA